AUGAAGAAUAUUUCGGUUUUUGUGAUGCUGGGAGCUUUUGCUGCUCUCAGUGUGGGACAUGUUGAAGAAAUGUUUCGCUGGAAGAAGGUGGAGUACGAGAAUUUGCCAUACUCAGAAAAAUCAUGGGUUGGACCCUACAGAUAUUACAUCCCGGAAAAUAAUGGCGUUGGAUCAAUAGCAUAUCAUGUCGCCAGUGGAUUGAUAAUGACAGCAAAUGUGCGAUUGAGACCCGGAGUUCCAACAUCAGUUGGUGCUUUCUGCAUCGGAGAUUAUCCAACUGGCUCAAGUCCAAAGUUAUGGGGAUUCCCUAACUACGAAUUGAAUGCACUUCAUGCGACUGAUUUUGCCACUCAAUUGGAAACAGAAGAAGACGAUGAGACCAGAAUUCACAAACAUCACAACAAACAUCACAACAAUCAUCACUAUGUUCCUAUUUAUGUGAAACCGACUGUGGCUCCAAUUGAACAACCAUUAGAAAUUAAGAGAAUUGCUUCUGUGUUUCAAGUAAAUGGCGAUGAAAAGUGCGACAGGGUUCUGUUCAUGGACCACGGACAGAUUCAGUAUUAUCUGAAUGCUACUUAUAUAAUUCAAAAGCCGUCCUUGUGGAUCAUUGGUUUGCCGUCAAAUGGUUGUGAAACACGCCAGUUUCCUAUUAUACGUCGAAGAGAACUUCCGGAUAAAAUAGCAGCAAUGGGAUCAUAUGGAUUCAUGCACGUUGUUCCCGAUUACCAAUCAGACGACUGUGCUGACGUCUUGUUUUACAUAACAAACACUUUCCAUAGUUACCUUACUGUAUACGAUUAUAAGAAAGAUGACUUUUGGACAUUUGAUCAUGAAACUUUCAAGCCAGUCAUCGCAGAAUCACACAUGGUGUUCCGUGGAACUUACAAUUUUGAUAUGCCUUUGGGCUUAUUUUCUAUAGUUCUUGGUUAUCCCGAUGAAGACGGUGAUAGAACAGCUUAUUACACUUCGGUAGCAGGAACGGCUCAAUAUGCUGUAUCUACAAGAAUCCUUAAGAAUAAGAGAAGAUCUCCAGCCAAUUUUAACUCGGAUGAUUUCAGGAUUAUGGGAUAUUUAGGGUGUAAUUCUCAGCCGUUGAAAAGUGUAAUUGAUUAUGCGACUGGAGUAGUAUUCACAGCCGAUGUACAAACUAAUGAAAUUCACUGUUGGAAAGUGAAUUCACCCCUCAAUCCGGAUACUAGAGACGUGGUGUACAAAUCUGAUAAAUACUUCUUCGGGCCACAAAUGCUCAUAGAUUCGAGAGGGUAUCUUUGGUUUCAGUCUACUUCUAUUCCUGUCUUAUUAACUUCUGAUAAUCCUCUGGAUCUCACGCAGGUGAAUUCCAGAUUUUUCCGCGUAAAGGUUACUGAUGCAAUUCGAGGAACACUAUGCAAUAUCGAUGGUUGA